AUGGCUCCAGAACCAGCAUUAUUGAAAGCAAUACAUUUCUUACAGAACCCUAUACCUCAAUAUGUGCUGGGAACAUUACCAGCUAUAGCAAUAAUGGGAACAACUCCAAAUAAAACUUUAUUGGAAAAGCUUACUUGGGUACUACAAUGCCUUGGCUGUCCGUUUAUAGGAUUAUUUUACUUUUGUAACGUAGGAAGUAAGAUAGGGGGCAAGGUAGAAUACGAGACAGUAGAAAUGUGUGUAUAUUGGCUUGCAUCGAAGUGUUUUAUUCAAGGCAAUAAAGAUGAUGCCGAUAAAAUUGAUGCCGAUAAAAUUGAUGCCAAUAAAGUUGAUGCCAAAAAUAAAGGUAAAAAAAAAGUUAAUACCAACAAUGGCAAUGAUGAACAAGACAUAAUCAGUGUUAUGGUUAAAAGCAGUGACAGUAACGAACUCAAUAGUGAAAAUAAAGAAACCAAUGGUAUAGAUAAAGGCAGUAGCAGUAACGGACCCAAUAGUAACGACGAAGAAAAAAUAAUUGAAAAUGGAAAUCAAACCAAAAAGAAAGCGCCUAAAAAUGAAAAUCAAGACAAACGACCUGUUGGAUACCAUGCAAUGAGAUUACAUCCUACCUCCGAACAGAGAGCCAUUUUUACUAAUUGGGUGGCGAAUGCAUCUUUAUUAGACAGACUGGCAUCAUUAGCGUCAGCAUAUUACAUAUUAGUUGGUAUAUUUGCAGGAAUAUCUAAAGCAGCAGGGCCAUGUAUGGAAGAUAAUUCAUUAGAAGAUUGGCCAUUCAUACCAUUAUUAUUCAUUUGGGCACUACCCAUAAUUUACGUAAGAAUAAGUAAUGGCAAAGUAGUAUAUAAAUUAUCAGAAGAUUCUUUUCCAGAUCAAUCAAUACUUGUCACAGAUUUCGAUGUAAAGGACCGUCAUAAAAAAAAACUACAUGUUGCAAUUACUGCUUUAGCUUCAGUAGCACUAGCUUGGUUAGCAGUAAUCAUUGCAUAUUACACUCCCCCAAUUGGAUUUUUCUGCCGCA